AGAUGAUCACAAAAGGUAACACCUUUAAUUACUGCGCCGUUGCGGUACAUAAUUUAAUGAGUAUUGUCUUCUUCUGUUUUCAAACAGCUCUGUUGAGCUGCGCGCAUUCUGUGCUAAGCGCGUCUCCAGCUGAGCGCGCGCUCACAUUCACCAGACUUUGAUCUCGUCGCCAUGGCAGCGACUCGAAGCGUCUAGCAAACUACCCGUGGCGCGAGGACAGGCAAAAGUCAGCAGUUUGAUUAGACAUGGAUGAUGGUUUAAUAUACGUAUUUACUUUCGUUAUUUCAUGCGGGUUUCCCAUGCAUAAACCCGUGCUUUUGUUUUUGUUGAGCAUUUUAACAUAAGUUUCGCAGUUCAGCGUGGAAUAUUGUGCCUGAAGCUCUGAUACUGAAGCGAACUGACUUGUGGAGAAGUGAAGUGAUCGUAUAGAAGGAUGUCAAACAGCUCUUAUGGCAGACUAUGGGCAGAUGCCCAGGGGGCCUUGCAGGAUCUACUGCAAGACGAGAUGCCUCUGUCACUGCCUCGUCCUCAGAAGGACCGUUUUCAGGUCUUUCAGACUCUGGCCACUUUCUACCUGCGAUACCUCCAGAUCUUCCGGGGUCUGGAGGCAGUCUAUGACCAGAUUGUUCAUCCCCAGAAGAGACGUGUGGUGCGACAUGUCCUGGAAGGAGUUAUGGGAAGAUUGGUGGAGCUGAAGAAUGAGAUGGUUGAGCUAGAAUACUCUGAGUUUCACUACUUUGACGACAUGCUACAGGACCUUAAGAUGACACCUGAGGACUUGGAGGUUCCCAUCCCACGCUAUUUCGUGAGAGAAAGGAUGAAAGCGCUGAAAGAAAGAGAAAAAAUUCUGGCUCAAAUUUUGGCUAAAAAGGGAAAUAUAGAACAUGAGCCUGUUGCAGCACAUAGUAUGACUGUGGAAAGGGCAGUACGAUUGCUGCAGGUGAGUGAACGUGCACGGCAGGGACGCCUCAGAGCUCGUUUUAUGAAGGAGAUCCGAGAUGAGGAGCGGAAAAUCCAGCGUCGAGUAAUCAACAGCACAAUGGAUCACCAUCUCUCAGCCACUCUCAUACAGAAGACAUGGCGGGGCUACUGGCAGAGGAAGAGGACCAAGAAAGAACGUCUGGAGGAAAUGAUAUUUUUGGGAAUGAUAGACCCCCAACUCCCAACACCCAGUUUUGCACAGCAGCGAGCAAAGCAUGUAGAAAGCAACAGGCAUCAGAUGCAGGAGCAGCAUGAAGCAGAGUACCAGCAGGCCCUUGUCACCAUCAAGGAGUCUGUUCGCUUGAUAGAUGGACCGGACAUAAAGGAAACGCUCCAGGACCAGAUACGCCAAUGGUUCCUCGAAUGCCGAGACGCCACCGGAAAAUUUCCUGAUUUCCCAAGUAGUGAGGAUGGAGGAUCAGCUUCCAUAUUUGAGCAGAAGACACCGGAGGAGGUUGCUGCUGAGCUAGCUGCUAAACAACAAGAGAAAGAGAAGAAGAAAAAGUCCAAGGGCAGGAAAGAUAAAAAUGCUGCAAAGGACAAGAAGAAAGACAAGAAGGGCAAAGGCGGGAAUGCUGGUGCAAUGGAGGAGGAGGAGGGAUGGAAGAUGAGCCCAAGUAACUUUCUGCCAACUGUGGUUGAAGGAGCUGAGAUAUACAAAGAGGUUUGGCAGGCCCGUGAUGAUGGGCAGAACUUUCACCAGCAUUUUGACCCUGAGUUGGUGCGAGAGGAAAAGAGAACAGAGGUGGAAGUGGAGGUCAGAAUUCAGGUAGAUGAGCUGAUGAGGCAGGAACUGAAGAACCUCAAAUUGGUAAUUGACCGAGACAAGGGCAAAAAGAAGAAAAAAGGGAAGAAGGCUAAUAAAAAGAAGAAGAAGAAAGCAAAAAAGAGUGGAAAGAAGAAAAAGAAGAAAGAGAAAGAUUUUACAGCAGACAGGACUAUUGAAUCACUAUAUGAGGAGCUCGUUCUGGAAGGCAUCCUGAUUCAGCCGAUGACCGUAAAAUUAUGUGAUUACCUCGGGGAAUACAGUUACCUGGGUACAAGCCUCAGGCAGGCAGACAUUGAGCCCAUGCCAUCCCUUUCAGACGUCAGACAGCUCAUUGCUCUGUACGGCGUGCUGCCUCUGGGCUCUCAGUUUGUACAUGAGAGAGGACCUCUAAUCCGCUCUGUGCUGCUAGCUGGUCCAUCAGGCGUGGGUAAAAAGAUGCUGCUUCAUGCCCUGUGCACAGAGACGGGCGCAAAUCUGUUCAACCUCUCCCCUGCCAACCUGACAGGCAAAUACCCAGGCAGGAGUGGCCUCCAGUACCUCCUGCAUAUGGUCAUGAAGGUGGCUCGCCAGCUGCAGCCCUCUGUCAUUUGGAUUGGAGACGCUGAGAAAACAUUCUACAAAAAAGUCCCAAAACCAGAGAAAGAGCUGGAACCCAAAAGACUGAAGAAAGACCUGGCAAAAGUGGUAAAGUCCAUUAAAGUGGAGGAUCGUGUGCUGCUGGUCGGGACGUCUCGCAGACCUUUUGAUGCAGAUCUCAAAGCAUUGUGUAAAGUUUACAAAAAGAUUAUCCUGAUUCCCAGACCAGACUAUGCUUCAAGACUGAAUCUAUGGAAAGAGCUCCUCAGGGUGCGAGGUGUUCAGCUCAGCCCCUCUCUGGACCUCAGCUCUUUGGCCAAAGUCACAGACGGCUACACUCAGGGUCACAUCCUACAGGCUGUACAGAGUGUCCUGACUUCCCAACGUCUCAGUCGGCAAACUAAGAAAGCCCUCACGGCGCUGGAGUUUAUCCCUCCUCUUGCCAGACAUGACCCCAUCUACAAAGAGGAGGAAGAGGCUUUUAAGAUUUGGUACAGCAGGACUCCAAUGGGCAAGAAACGAGCCCGGGCAGGAAAGGCAUAUCAAGAAGCAGCAGAGCUGAAAAAAGGAAAGAAGAAACAUGGAAAAGGCAUAAAAACAGCAACAGAGAUGAAGAGGAAAAAGAAAAAGAAGUGAAGGUUUCUCUGUUUUAACAAAAGCUUGCAUUGAUUUUCUGUUCAGAACAUCAGAACUGUUCAGUUUAAUUCAAUGUCUUUAAGUUUCUUUCCUAGAUCAGCUUUAAUUUUAUUAUUGUUUUUAUUUAUACUGUAUAAAUUAUAUGUCAUGGUUUCAUGUAAAACCUGAAGACACUUGAACAAAAACUUGGAACUGCAAUUCCUCUUCUGGCCACUGGGGAGCAGCAGCAGGCUUUCUCGUCAUUCUUUCUGCUGCAUUAUAGCCUCCAAGAUAUUGUUUUUCAUUUACUUCCCUAGAUUGUAGCAUUAAGAAAUAUUUUAAUUCGACAUCAUAAAUACACAAAGUAUUCAUGAUAAUCAUUA